CAGUGGCCUAAAGAAGCCCAAAACGCACCCUUAUUUUCUUUUCAUUCUCUUCCCCGCCGACACAUACUCUUUUCCCCCGUCUCCGCUGCUGUGCGCACCGCCGGAGCUGUUCACGAACACGUCGCCGGCCACCCAACCACAACUUGCAUCAAACCUGGUAGUGAAAAAUUUCAUUGUCCAGUCUCCGUGCAAUUUAGGGUUUAGGUCCGUCUCUGCAAGUGCGAACUAAACCACUCUCCGUGCAAUUCGUUCAUUGACUUUGGCAGCCAUGGCGAGCACCAAAGUUCAGAGGGUUAUGACCCAGCCCAUUAACUUGAUUUUCAGGUUCCUUCAAAGCAAAGCGCGCAUUCAGAUUUGGCUCUUUGAGCAAAAGGAUUUGAGGAUUGAGGGUCGAAUCAUUGGUUUUGAUGAAUACAUGAAUUUAGUUCUAGAUGAUGCUGAAGAAGUGAACGUCAAGAAAAAGAGUAGAAAGACAUUAGGGAGGAUCCUUCUUAAAGGAGACAACAUAACUUUAAUGAUGAACACGGGAAAAUGAUGGUAAACACUCUCGGACAGUUGUAAGCUGUAUGUCACAUUCAACUAGGAGGCAGAUUUAUCUUUCCCUCUUCAGUUUUAUUACUAUUUCUCUUGUUAACAUUUUGAAUAUGAUGUGUGAGAAACAUUAUGAUGUAUGACAGUAUGGAUUUUUCAUGCACUAGAUAAAUUCUUAGCUGAGCAGCAUGGUUUGAUGGUCCGCAUAAUUCUGCCUCCUUUUGCUCUGCAUAAAUAUCCAGAUUCUGGCAUCGAGGCUAACUAUAUUAUGAUAUGGGGUGAUAGAAUAGAAUGAAAUGGGGGUAUUGAAAUGAUAUUCAUUUUCAUUGUUUGAAUUUUUUAGAAAUGAUGAAAUGAAGCAGAAUUGAAUGGAC